AUGACCACGGGCUCGGUGCUGCCGCUGCUGCUACUCGGGCUCUCGGGCGCGCUCCGGGCCCACCAUGAGGAUCUUACAGUCAGAGAGGCCUGCAAGGCUGGCUUCUCCGAAGAAGACUACACUGCAUUGAUCUCCCCGAAUGUCCUGGAAGGAGAGAAACUACUCAGAGUCAAGUUCAGCAGCUGCUUGGGCACCACAGGGACGCAGUAUGAGACCAACAGUUUGGACUUCAAAGUCGGGGCAGAUGGGACAGUCUUCGCCACCCGGGAGCUGAAGAUCCCCUCAGAGCAGGUGGCCUUUACUGUGACUGCACGGGAACGCCAGACUGCUGAGCAAUGGGAUGCCAUGGUGCGGCUGCUGGUAGCUCAGACUUCAUCCCCACACUCUGAACACAAGCCUCAGAAAGGAAAGACAGUGGCCCUGGACCCCUCUCAGCCCCCGAAGGACACACUGCGGCCCUGGCCCCAGCAUCAGAGCUCCAGCGGGCUGAGGAGGCAGAAGCGUGACUGGGUCAUCCCGCCCAUCAACGUGCCUGAGAACUCCCGUGGGCCCUUCCCCCAGCAGCUCGUCAGGAUCAGAUCUGACAAGGACAAUGAUAUCCCCAUCCGAUACAGCAUCACAGGUGUGGGAGCGGACCAGCCCCCUAUGGAGGUCUUCAGCAUUGACUCCAUGUCUGGCCGGAUGUAUGUCACUCGGCCCAUGGACCGGGAAGAAAGAGCCUCUUACCAUCUCCGAGCCCAUGCGGUGGACAUGAACGGCAACAAGGUAGAGAAUCCUAUUGAUCUGUACAUCUACGUCAUCGACAUGAAUGACAACCGGCCCGAGUUCAUCAACCAGGUCUACAACGGCUCUGUGGAUGAGGGCUCCAAGCCAGGUACAUACGUGAUGACUGUCACAGCCAAUGAUGCGGAUGACAGUACUACAGCCAAUGGUAUGGUGCGGUACCGGAUCGUCACCCAGACACCCCAGAGCCCGUCCCAGAACAUGUUCACCAUCAACAGUGAGACAGGGGACAUCGUGACAGUGGCAGCAGGCCUGGACCGGGAGAAAGUCCAACAGUACACGGUCAUCAUCCAGGCCACUGACAUGGAAGGAAACCUUAACUAUGGUCUCUCGAACACAGCCACUGCCAUCAUCACAGUGACAGAUGUAAAUGACAACCCUCCAGAAUUCACCACAAGCACAUUUGCAGGAGAGGUUCCUGAAAACCGUGUGGAGACAGUAGUAGCCAACCUCACAGUAAUGGACCGAGAUCAGCCUCACUCACCCAACUGGAAUGCGGUCUACCGAAUCAUCAGUGGGGACCCCUCGGGACACUUCACUGUCCGCACAGACCCUGUCACCAAUGAGGGAAUGGUCACCGUGGUGAAGGCAGUGGACUAUGAGCUGAACCGCGCCUUCAUGCUGACCGUAAUGGUGUCCAACCAGGCGCCCCUGGCCAGCGGGAUCCAGAUGUCCUUCCAGUCCACAGCAGGGGUGACCAUCUCUGUCACUGAUGUCAACGAGGCCCCCUACUUCCCCUCCAACCACAAGCUGAUCCGCCUGGAGGAGGGUGUACCUACCGGCACUGCACUCACCACGUUUUCCGCAGUGGACCCUGACAGGUUCAUGCAGCAAGCCGUGAGGUACUCGAAGCUGUCUGAUCCUGCCAACUGGCUGCACAUCAAUACAUCCAACGGGCAGAUCACCACAGCUGCAGUCCUGGACCGAGAGUCGCUCUACACCAAGAACAAUGUAUAUGAGGCCACCUUCCUGGCUGCCGACAAUGGGAUCCCCCCAGCCAGUGGCACUGGGACCCUGCAGAUAUACCUCAUUGACAUCAAUGACAACGCACCACAGCUGCUGCCCAAGGAGGCACAGAUCUGCGAGAGGCCAGGCCUCAACGCCAUCAACAUCACUGCGGCCGAUGCCGACAUGGACCCCAACAUCGGCCCCUACGUCUUUGAGUUGCCCUUCAUCCCCACUACAGUGAGGAAGAAUUGGACCAUCACCCGCCUAAACGGUGACUAUGCCCAGCUCAGUUUGCGCAUUCUGUACCUGGAGGCCGGCGUGUACGACGUCCCCAUCAUCGUCACGGACUCUGGCAACCCUCCCCUGUUCAACACGUCCAUCAUAAAAGUCAAGGUGUGCCCAUGCGACGAGAAUGGUGACUGCACCACCGUCGGCGCAGUGGCUGCAGCCGGCCUGGGCACAGGCGCCAUUGUGGCUAUCCUCAUCUGCAUCGUGAUCCUGCUGAUCAUGGUCCUGUUGUUCGUUGUGUGGAUGAAGCGGAGGGAAAAGGAGCGACACACGAAGCAGCUGCUCAUCGACCCUGAGGACGACGUGCGUGACAACAUCCUAAAGUACGAUGAGGAAGGCGGUGGCGAGGAGGACCAGGACUAUGACCUCAGCCAGCUACAGCAGCCGGAAGCCAUGGAGCACGUGCUGAGCAAGGCCCCUGGUGUGAGGCGGGUGGAUGAACGGCCAGUAGGUGCUGAGCCCCAGUACCCAGUCAGGCCUGUGGUGCCCCACCCAGGCGACAUUGGAGACUUCAUCAAUGAGGGACUCCGAGCUGCUGACAAUGACCCCACGGCACCCCCCUAUGACUCUCUGCUUGUCUUCGACUAUGAAGGCAGCGGUUCUACCGCAGGCUCCGUCAGCUCCCUGAACUCCUCCAGCUCCGGGGACCAAGACUACGACUAUUUGAAUGACUGGGGGCCCCGGUUCAAGAAGCUGGCAGACAUGUACGGGGGUGGUGAGGAGGACUAG